CCACCACAAACUGAAACCCUAUCUUCCUCAUUGCUGCCGAAUCUCCUUCCACUCCGGCCAUAGUAAUAGGCUUCGCUGGAGUACCAGCUUCCUCACCUGGAUUCCAUUCAAAUCUAGGAAUAUGAAAACUGCUUCGUCCUCCCCGUCACGCUCUUUCCCCCUCCUCUCACUCACUCUAUGUACUUUUUUUUGUCUCUCUUUAUUCCGCUUUUUCAUCAGUACUGGGCGAUGCUGGGUCCUGUUUUGCGUCUUUGAUAAUUGAAAACGAAGCUACCUCCAAACCACUGUACUAGAAAGUUACCAACCCCACUCUAUCACCUUCUCAUCUCCAAGAUUUGCCUGGUUUUACUCGAAGUGUUUACGAAAGGGACCACGCAAUAAUUACACCAGAGAGUCAUGUAUUCAGUCCUCUGCCUGAAUGGACUAAUACAUUGGAAGCAUAUUUAAUCACACCGGAAAUGGGCACAUACUUUGUGAUGUGCCUAGCCAAAAUGCAAGAUUUCGAUCGCGAGGGCUUGUAAUUGCCUAUAUUCUUUGUUGCAGCAACGACAACGCGAUAUUGAAUAUAGAGAGUCUGCAAAUGAACAACGAAAAAGAUUACUAUCAAAUAUAUCAAGACUAGAGGCAAAAGUUUAGAGGCUUGAGUCACAGUUGCAAACUAAAGAUAGAGAAAUAGCAACAAUUACGAGAACGGUUGGAAUCUCUUGGUUUUGUUAAGUGAGAUUCUUUUUAGUUGACAUUCGUGUUCGAAUUAAGGACCACUUGUUAAAAUAAAUGUGAUUAGGAAGCCAAAAAUACAACAACUUUUAAGGCACAAAUUGAGAAGCUACAGCAGGAAAGGGAUGAGUUUCAGAGGAUGGUGAUUGGUAAUCAGCAAGUGAGAACCCAACAGAUACAUGAAAUGAAGAAAAAAGAGAAGGAGUACAUAAAGUUGCAGGAGAGGCUUAACCAAGUUCUGAUGGAGAAGAAGAAGGAAUCAAGAUCAGGAAUGGAGAUAAUGAACUUGCUUCAGAAAGAAGGGUGGCAAUGUGGGACUUGGAAUGGGAAGAAGGACUUAGGUUCCAGGUGUUGUUUUCACUCAAGGACCAGUUUUAGCUGUGCUAAUUUUUUCGGAAUCUAAGGGUGAGACUUAUGUUGUUCUUAUUGAACAGGUAGAGUUACUUUUUAUUGGUCUUAUCUAUUAUGUCAUGCUUGAAUUCUUUGGCAUUUGAUCUAAUAUGUUACAAAUGAGCAGAGGGUUGAAUUGUUGACCUAUUUUCUACUAAUACUCAUCCAUAUUUGAUUAGAUUUCAUUUUUGUCUAAGACUAGAGUCCCAACUGGGCGGAUUGUUCUAGAAUUGCCUGUUGGAAUGUUGAAUGAUGACCAAGGUGAUUUUGUUGGCACGGUAGUUUGUGAGGUUUCUUUCUCUCUCUCUCUAAUGCUUUUAGAGAAACACACUAAAUAGAUUCAUACUUCAAUGCAUAGAUAAACACUUCUUAAUUUGCACCAUUAGCUAUAUUUUUAUACCAUUGGCAUAAAAAAAAAAAUGAGUUCAAGGAGUUUUCCUGAUAUAUUUAUAAGGAAUCAUUAAAUAAGGAGACAGAAUUAGGAGUAUUGGUUUACUGUAUUUACUGUAUUUACUGUAUGUGGUUUUGAACAUCGAGUUGUUUUCAAGGAGUGCAAUGCAUUCAUAAAGUUACUUAUUUUUAGUGUUUAUGUUGAAUCUUUAUGAUCCACAAGCAUAUUUACAAUAAGAUGAAUAAUUUAUUAUCUUCUUUUCUAAUAUCUCAAUUCCCAUUUUUAAAAUUUGAGCAUGAAAACUGAAAAUAAAACGGUUGGUGCCUCAAUUGAAGCGUCUGUGUAUUACUUAAUAAGAAUGAACUAUUCCU